UAAAUUUCCUGUUGAACGUCCUCGUGUGGGCACGGGGGAGGGAGGAGAAGCCGGGCGCCGUGGCCGCCUUGUGCCGACGGCGUGUCCGCGGGAGCCCGUGGGUGCCCACACGGUAGCGCCGCCCUGCCCUGCUCGAGCUGUGUGAAGAAAGUCUUCAGCCAUGGAUGUGUUCAUGAAAGGACUUUCCAAGGCAAAGGAGGGAGUCGUAGCAGCAGCAGAAAAAACCAAGCAGGGUGUGGCAGAGGCGGCAGGAAAGACGAAAGAGGGAGUCCUCUAUGUGGGUUCCAGGACCAAAGAGGGAGUUGUUCAUGGUGUCACAACAGUGGCUGAGAAGACCAAAGAGCAAGUGUCCAAUGUUGGGGGAGCUGUGGUGACAGGAGUGACAGCGGUGGCCCAGAAGACAGUGGAAGGAGCAGGGAACAUCGCUGCAGCCACUGGCUUGGUGAAGAAGGAUCAGUUGGCCAAACAGAAUGAAGAAGGUUUCCUACAGGAGGGAAUGGUGAAUAAUUCAGAUGUUCCUGUGGAUCCUGAGAACGAGGCUUAUGAAAUGCCUCCAGAGGAAGAGUAUCAAGACUAUGAACCUGAAGCAUGAGAGUCCUUUUCUUCCUUUUAUCACCUGAGAUCUACUAACUACUAAAGACGUCCCAUCCUGUACAAGUGCUGAGUUCCAAUGUGCCCAGUCGUAAAAUUUUUUUACAGUUUUUACGGUGUAUUUUGAAGUCUUCCAUCAGCAAUGAUUGGAGUAUCUGUGACCGCAUCCACCUUGUUUCAGCAUUUCCCUCCUGCUGAAAUGAAACCGGUUGGCAGGGUCAUUGUUGUGCUGUGGAUAUUGUGGCUUCAAGUUUAAAAGUUAAAAAAGAAAAUCUUAAGUAAAAACACCUAAGUGUCUAAUGCUUAUUUCUAAUUCUGUACAUGUUUUGUUGAUAGGCUGUCAGUAAUUUGAUAUUGUUUAUGAUACAUUUUUAUUUGUUUCCUAUGACUAUUCUUUCUGUGCAGAGAUGACUUAUUGUGAGAGCUUUAUAUAUAUGUGUAUGUAUUAUACAUAUAAAAAAAAGUAAUUGAGCAUGAACUAUGCACCUAUAAAUAUUAGCUGUUGAAAUUUUAUUGUUUUGUGAUGUGUUUUAUUAACUUGUGUCUGUAAAUAAUGGUGUUCAACUGAAGCAAAUAAAACAUAACCCAUUAAAAACGAA